GGGUUUCCAUUUUUUCUCUGUUCAAAAUUUUCAGCUCAAGCUCUUCUUCUACACAAUGCUCACUCACUGCUCAGCUCCAAAAUAAUAUAAAGUCUCAAACUUCUACUUUUUCCCACUACUGCUAUGCCAUGCUGUGGCGUAGACUCGAUGCGCUCCAAUAUGUUGUACCUCACAGUACUACUCACUCUUCUUCUAGUGUUGGACACAACGACGUCGUACUCAGGCUCAGGCCCUCACAUCGCCGAUGUCAAUUUACUCUUACCUCCCAAAAUGACUCAUCCUGUUGAGUACAGGCUUCAAGGAAGCGAUGGCUGCUUCAAAUGGUCGUGGGAUCAUCAUGAUGUUCUGUCAGUAUUACCCGAGUACAAUUCGAGCAAUCACUGCUCGACGAGUGCGAGGCUGAGGUCGAUUGCUACUUAUAGCGGUCGAAAGGAGACUGCUGUUUAUGCUACUGAUGUUCGCACUGGGGUCGUGAUUCGUUGCAAAGUUUUUAUUGACAAUUUCUCUAGAAUUCAGAUAUUUCAUAACUCUAUCAAGCUUGACUUAGAUGGACUCGCUACUCUCCGUGUCCGCGCCUUUGAUAGCGAAGAUAAUGUGUUCUCGUCACUAGUGGGCUUACAAUUCAUGUGGCGUCAGAUGCCUGAAACUGAUGGAUUGCCUCAUCACCUUGUCCAUGUUCCGUUGAAGGAUUCUCCGCUAAGUGACUGUGGUGGAUUGUGUGGGGACUUAGAUAUCCAAAUACAACUUGAAGAUAGUGGUGUAUUUUCAGAUUUAUAUGUUGUAAAAGGAGUUGAAAUCGGCCAGGAGAUUGUUUCUGUGCAUUUGCUUGAGCCUGGAUUAAAGCAUAUGGCUGAUAGGAUUGUUCUGACUGUAGCAGAAGCCAUGUCACUUGAACCUCCCUCACCUGUUUUUGUCCUCAUUGGUGCUGCUGUUCGUUAUAGGCUUAAAGUUAUACGUGAAAAUAUUCCUCAAGUGGUCAUUUUACCAUCUCCACAUCAUCGAUGGUCUGUUUCAAACUCUUCAGUUGCUCAAGUGGACUCUAUGAUGGGAUUAACAAAAGCACUAGACUUAGGGGUAGCAACUGUUGUGGUUGAAGAUACAAGGGUUGUUGGCCAUGUACAAGUUUCAUCCCUUAAUGUUGUUGUACCAGAUUCUUUAUCGUUAUAUAUAGCAUCAUUUUCUACUUCUGGCGAUCCUUUAGAAGGAGUGAAAACCAUUCCAUCUGUGGCACGUUGGUAUGUCGUUUCUGGCCGUCAAUAUCUCAUACAAAUGAAGGUCUUCUCACAAGGGCCUGAUGCACAAGAAAUUUACAUUACAGAGAGUGAUGAUGUUAAGUUGUACGAUAACCAGUCAGAGUACUGGAGAACUUUUUUGGUGCCUGAUGAUAUUGCAGUAAAACAUAGUUGGCAGACUAGAAUCCUGAAAGCCACUUCACAGGGACUGGAUAAGUUGAUGGCUUCUUUGACAUAUUUUACCGGGCAUCAAGAAACAAAGGAGGUUCUCAAAGUUGUGCAAGAAGUCAAGGUUUGCAAUCAAGUGAAAUUUAUUUUAGACAAAAGAAGCGGUAUCACACAAAGCAUUCUCCUUCCCUGGGCCCCAACUGUUUAUCAGGAGGUGGAGCUAAAGGCCACAGGAGGCUGUGCAAAGGCUUCUAGUGACUACAAAUGGUUUUCUUCAGACACAGCUACUGUAUUGGUAUCUGCUUUAGGGAUUGUCCAGGCCAAGAAGCCUGGUAAAGCUACUGUUAAAGUGAUAUCUGUUUUUGAUGCAUUGAAUUAUGAUGAGGUGGUGAUUGAAGUUUCCAUCCCCUCAUCUAUGGCUAUGCUUCAUAGCUUCCCCGUAGAGACUGUUGUGGGAUCACAUCUUCAAGCUGCUGUAACAAUGAAAGCAUCAAAUGGUGCCUAUUUUUAUAGGUGUGAUGCUUUUUGCUCCUUCAUUAAGUGGAAAGCUGGAAGCAAGUCUUUCAAUAUUGUCAAUGCAACAGGGGAGAAACCUGUCUUGGACAUGGUAGAAAAUUUUGAGCUCUAUGCAUCAUUAAAUGGUCCUCCAUGCUCUUGGACCCGUAUAUAUGCUUCCGGUCCUGGUCGAGCUAUGUUGCAUGCCACUCUAUCAAAAGAUUAUCACCAUGUUGAUAACUCAUUACAAGGACCUAUUGUCUUAAAAGCAUCUACACGUAUCGCAGCAUACCCACCACUUAUCAUUUGUCAGUUAGGGGAUGGGAGCCAGUUUGGUGGUUAUUGGUUUGAUUUGGCUCAAGCUGAAGCUCAAAAUCUAUUGGAAAAUUUGGAUAAAUUUUAUCUUGUUCCUGGAACACAUUUAGAUAUCAUGCUUCUUGGUGGACCUGAAAAGUGGGAUAAAGGUGUUGACUUCAUUGAAAACGUUGAAACUUUGGAUGAAGGGCAUGGUCCUGUUCAGAACGGAGUUCUUGUGAAUCAGCUAUCUGGCAACAAUAGUAGUGUGUACAGAGUUUUAUGUCAAAUGCUAGGAAACUUUAAACUUGUUUUCAAACAUGGUAAUUUGGUUGGGGAUGACCAUCCUCUGCCUGCAAUAGUAGAAAUUUUGUCAUCACUUUCAUGUGGCUAUCCUUCCUCAAUUGCACUAAUAGCCGACGAACCUGUAAAUGAGCGCAAUGUUAUACAAACUGCAAUUCAAGCUGACCGCAGCUCAGGACGAAUUCGAGUCACCCCUGUGACUGUGGCAAAUGGACGCACUGUUCGAAUAGCUGCAGUUGGCAUAAGUAACACUGGAGAACCUUUUGCAAAUUCAUCUUCUCUUUGUUUGAGGUGGGAACUAAGCAGUUGUGAUGGGCUAGCCUACUGGGAUGAUGCUUUUGAUUCAGUUAGGUCGAAAUGCAGUUGGGAGAGGUUUUUGGUCUUGCAAAAUGAAUCAGGACUGUGCAUUGUUCGUGCUAGUGUCAUUGGUUUCAGCGAUACCGUCAUUGAUCAUUAUUCUGCUCAACUGCUAGAAAGUUCAGAGACUGUUCUUACAGAUGCAAUAAAAUUACAGCUUGUUUCUACUAUUAGUGUUUACCCAGAGUUCAACUUGCUAUUUUUCAAUCCUGAUGCCAAGGUAAAUCUGUCAAUUAUUGGUGGAAGCUGUUUCUUGGAAGCAGUUGUGAAUGAUUCUCGAGUGGUAGAAGUUGUUCCACCCCCACUGGGUUUACAAUGCUCACAAUUGAUGUUGUCUCCUAAAGGGUUGGGUACUGCAUUUGUGACAGUUCGUGAUAUUGGACUUGCUCCUCCAAUUACAGCUUCUGCUGUGGUCCAAGUUGCAGAUAUAGACUGGAUUAGGAUUACAUCACAAGAGGAGCUUUGCCUUAUGGAAGGAAGCUCACAAACCAUUAACCUAAUGGCUGGGAUUAAUGAUGGAAGUACUUUUGACUCUUCUCAGUAUGCUUACAUGAAUAUUCAUGUCCAUAUUGAGGAUCACAUAGUUGAACUCGUAGGCAUUGAUGAUACCUCGAGUCCUCAUGGUGGACACGUGAAAGGGCCGAACUUUAAAAUUAUGGGGACACGUCUGGGAAUCACAACUCUUUAUGUCAGUGCUUCACAGCAAUCUGGACAUGAAAUUUUGAGUCAGCCAAUAAAGGUCGAAGUUUAUGCACCACCAAGAAUUCACCCUCCUAAUAUUUUCCUGGCACCAGGUGCAUCAUAUGUGCUUACUGUUGAAGGAGGCCCAACUAUCGGAGUGUAUGUUGAGUAUGCUAGUAUGGAUGAGGGGAUUGCAACAAUUCAGAAAUCUUCAGGAAGAUUGUCUGCAAAUUUACCUGGCAAUACUACUGUUCUUGCCUCGGUUUUUGGCAAAGGAGAUACUGUAAUUUGUCAAGCAUAUGGCAGUGUCAAAAUAGGAGUUCCAUCUGUGAUGACUUUGAAUGUACAAAGUGAUCAACUUGGCGUUGGGCGUGAGAUGCCAAUAUAUCCUGUGUUUCCUGAGGGACAUUUGUUUUCUUUUUAUGAGCUCUGCAAAAAUUAUCAGUGGACUGUAGAAGAUGAAAAGGUGUUGGGUUUCCUUGUGUCAAAGCAUUCGCAUGGGGAAAUGUAUAAAUCCCUGAUGGCUACUUCAAAAGAAGUUCAAUUCACUAGUUAUUUGGAAGAGAAAGAACUUGGUUUUAUCAAGGUUUUGUAUGGAAGAUCUGCAGGCAGGGCAAAUGUCAAUGUCACAUUCUCAUGUGAUUUUAUAACUCCUGGUUCUAACUCAGGGUCAAGGUUUUACAGUGCAUCAGUAUCAUUAUUGGUGGUGGCAGAUCUCCCUCUAGCUCUUGGAGUUCCCAUAACCUGGGUUCUUCCUCCCCAUUAUACUACAACAAGUUUAUUGCCUUCAUCUUCAGAAUCGUAUGGCCAGUGGGAUGGUCAAAGUCGGAAAGGAACUAUUGUAUAUUCAUUAUUAAGAUGUUUUGGUGAGAAGAAUGAAGCUGUGCAGAAAGAUUCUAUUUCCAUUCACAGGGAUAGGAUAAAGACAACAGACAGCAACAAUCUUGCAUGCAUUCAAGGAAAAGAUCGUACAACAGGAAGAAUUGAGAUUGCCUCUUGUGUUCGGGUCGCUGAGGUGGCUCAAAUAAGGAUAACAAAUAAGGAGUUCCCAUUUCAUGUAAUCAAUCUUGCUGUUGGUGCUGAUCUAAAACUGCCAAUAAGCUAUUCUGAUACUCUAGGAAAUCCUUUUUAUGAAGCACACAAUGCAGUUCUUUUCCAUGCUGAAACUAACUACCCUGAUAUUGUCCUCAUAAACAACACACAUGAUGACGAUGGAAAUAUUCAUCUCAAGGCAUUACGACAUGGAAGAGCUCUCAUACGAGUAUCAAUGAGUAGUUCACCAUUGAAGUCAGACUAUAUUCUGAUUUCAGUUGGUGCCCAUGUACACCCUCAAAAUCCAGUCUUACACAAAGGAAGUUAUCUGAACUUCAGUAUAGAAGGUUUAAAUGAUCAAGAUUCUGGCAAGUGGUUUACUGCCAACGAAAGUGUUGUAUCUGUGGACAUGCCAUCUGGAAUAGCUGAAGCAGUUGGGGAAGGUUCAACCCAAGUUAUUUUCGAGGGUUCUGGUCUGAAACUGCAAACACUGGUUACGGUACUCAUGGGGGAUAUUGUUUCUGUGGAUGCUCCAAAAGAGACGCUGACAAAUGUUCCUUUUCCCACAAAAGGAUAUAACUUCUUGGUGAAGUUCAGUAAUGCUUACGGCAACAACUUUGGACCUCUUGGAAACAGUGAGGAAGUCCCAUAUGACUGUAUUGUGGACCCUCCUUUUGUUGGGUAUGCAAAGCCAUGGGUGGAUCUUAACACUGGCAGCUCAUAUUGCCUCUUUUUCCCUUACUCACCAGAGCACUUGGUACGCUCUAUACCCAAGUCAAAGGACAUGAAACCAGAUAUAUCUGUUUCCAUGAGUGCAUCAAUGAGAGGAGCUAAAUAUGCCUCAGGAUCUGCAUCUGGUCUUUUUAUUGGAGGGUUUUCGGUAUUAGAAACGGGCAAGAAUUUAAAGCAGUUGAAUCUGACACCAGGCUCUAACAAGACAAUCAUAACCAUCUUGGGGAAUACAGAUGUCGAAAUCCAUUGGCACAAUCAGGAUCAGAUCAUGAUCAUCCCCAUCUAUAGAGAAGAAUCUGGAAUUGGUGGGCGGGCACAGUAUGAGAUCAAAGUGCUAGGAACAAAAAGUUUUGAAGACAAAAUCAUCAUCACGCUCCCAGCUAAUGGUCAGAGAGUGGAAAUAGAUGUUGCCUACCAACCUGUAGAAAGAGCAGCGGCAUCAGGAACUAUCAUAAAUAAAACCCUUUGGGCAAGUGUGGUUGGGUGCUUUGUGCUAUUGGUAUUGACAGCGGCCAUCUUCAUCUGUUACUUGGACAGGCCUGGCAGAUCUCAGACAUCCACUGCUCCUGCACCUGCUCCUGCUACUCCCACUGUCCCAGCACCCAUGACCCCUGUUCGUGGCAGCCCUGCUGUUUUGAACGAACAGUCUCCUCAAACACCUCAGCCUUUUGUUGACUAUGUAAGAAGAACAAUAGAUGAAACUCCAUACUACAGGCAAGAGGGAAGGAGGAGAAAAAUCUUUAUAGGGGGCUUAGCGCGAGAGACAACCGAUGCACAAUUUGUCAAGCACUUCGGUAAAUAUGGUGAUAUUAUUGAUUCUGUGAUAAUGAAGGACCGGAAGACUGGGCAGCCCCGAGGAUUUGGGUUUGUGACUUAUGCAGAACCCUCUGUGGUUGAUAAAGUCAUUGAGGAUACCCAUGUUAUUAAUGGGAAACAAGUGGAAAUUAAGCGGACUAUCCCGAAGGGAGCUAUUGGGUCUAAGGAUAUCAGGACUAAGAAGAUUUUUGUGGGUGGAAUUCCUGCAACUGUGAAUGAAGAUGAGUUCAGGGACUUCUUUGCGCAAUUUGGAGAGGUCAAGGAACACCAGAUCAUGCGGGACCAUUCCACCAGUCGUUCUCGUGGGUUUGGGUUUAUUUCCUUUGAUACAGAGCAAGCAGUUGAUGAUCUCUUGUCCAGGGGUAACAGACUGGAGCUGGCAGGAGCUCAGGUGGAAAUAAAAAAGGCCGAGCCAAAGAAGCCAAACCCACCACCUGCCCCAUCCAGGCGUUAUAAUGAUUCUAGGCCCGCAUUUAGUGGUGGGUUCAGAGAUAGUGGUUAUGGUGGAUUCGGAGGCAGUAGCUUUGGAGGUGGCAGUGGUGGUGGAUAUAGGUCAGGUGGACCCUAUGGUGGUGGCAGGAGCAGCGCUUAUGGUGGUUAUGGUGGAAGUGAAUUUGGUGGUUAUGGAGGAUAUGGUGUUGGUGGUGGUAUGGCAACUUACAGGGAAGAGCCCUAUCUAGGAUACUCGAGUCGUUAUGGAGGAGGAGGCUUUAGCAGAGGUUAUGAUCUAGGAGGCAGUUAUGGUGGACCUAGUGAGAGUUAUGGGGGAUAUGCUAGUGGUGGUAGUGGUGCUGCUGGUGGCGGCUAUGGGAGUAGUUAUGAUGCCAGUCUUGGUGGUGCCUAUGGAGGGGGUAGUGCCUCCUUCUAUGGGAGUAGAGGGGGGUAUGGUGGUGGUGCAGGGAGUGGUAGUCGAUACCAUCCUUAUUCAAGGUAGAAGUCAUUGGAGGAGGAAUAUUAGGAUUAUAAUUUAUAAGCGUACGGAAAAAUGCGAACCUGUCUCAGUUUGUAGCAUUGAGUUUCAAGUUUGUUAGCUUAUGUUUUCGGAUUCUUUUAUUUUGUUGAGGAGGUGGUUUUGAAUGUUUUUACCCUUCUGUCCUAGUAGUGCAAGAUAAAAGAUCUGAUUUUAACUUUUCAUUCGGUCGACAUUAAUGAGCUGCAAAUUGUGCAGAUGAUUGUAUUAUCUCUGGUUCUUGAAAGGUUACCUGCAGACAUAAGUGGCAAUUAAUCUUCUUAACAUUGUGUUUACUCA